UUAGUGCCAACAAAUUUGAAUUGAAAUUAGUAUUUAGGGUUCCAAAUUUCAUUCUUUUAUUUUUGGGAUUUCAUACUCUGUCUGGUUCGAGAGUUACAGUUCCAGUUCGAGUUCCAAAACUUGGUGCAGAUCAUUUUUGGGAGGGGAAAAUCGCAAUCCUUAAUCAAUUAACCUAGAAAGCCUUAGCUUCUACUGUGUUACCUGUACCGUAUCUUUCAAUCUCCGACAAAGUUUCCUCAAAGUAAUAGAAUGAGUACCACAGUACACAGAACUCCUAAAUCAGGGAGGCAGUCAUUGUUUUUCCAAGAUUUGGCUUCACCUAUUUCAUCCCGGAGAGGAAAAUUUUCAAGUUCAGGUCAGGCAGCUGCAGUAUCUGCUUUGUGGCGUGAGAAUUUUGGGGGCUCAGAUCUUCCACCUCCUCCGAAUUUCACCUUGGAAGACCGCUCAGAUUUUUCUCCUGAAUCAGGAAUUCCAGAUUAUCCAGUUUCUCCUGAAGUCAGAUCAGAUCCCAGAUCUCCUGGCCAAAGUUCUAGCCACGAGUAUUUAACUCCAGUAAAAAACAAAUCAGAGGCAAGCACUUCUGGUGCUUUGAUGAGUGUACAGCAAAACCAACAGGGUUCAGGAGGUUUUAGUUGGUGGUCACCUUCAAAGAGUGGCAGUGAGCAAGAUGGGAAAGGAAAGAGUUCACCUGUUGAGGGUGUUGUCCAGCCUGGUGCUUUGAUCACCCUUCCACCCCCUAGGGAAGUUGCAAGGCCAGAGAUGCAGAGAAAUACUCUGCCAACUGCUAAUCUCAAUGAAGAAGAAUGGGUUACUGUUUACGGAUUUUCUCCAGCCGACACUAAUUUUGUUCUUAGGGAGUUUGAGAAAUGUGGCGUGAUCUUAAAACAUGUUCCCGGUCCUAGAGAUGCUAACUGGAUACACAUCCUAUAUCAGAACCGAUCUGAUGCUCAGAAGGCACUCAGCAAGAACGGAAUGCAAAUUAAUGGGAUACUAAUAGUAGGUGUUAAGCCAUUGGAUCCAAUGCAGCGUCAGGCUUUGAAUGAUAGACUCAACACCCAAGGAUUUAUGACUCUACCCCCUCAGUCUUCUAUCAAAUCUGCAGAACUAAAUUCAUCCGGCAACCCUCCCAGGCCGUACUAUCUUCAAAAUGGUAAUACCAGUGUGCGGCAGACUGGAGGCGCCAUUGCUUCCCCGACAAAAUCAUUGGCAAACAAAAUCAUGGAUUUGAUGUUUGGAGUAUAGCUACUCCUGUCACAAAAUUUCAUUUAUAUCAAGAGAACAUAUCGAAUUUAAUCGUUCCGGCUAAUAUGUUUCGGUAGGCAGUUUGGCUACUCACUGGAUCCCGAUUCUGUUCAUCAGAUCUUCACCUUUAAUUUUUACACCUCCACCUUGGGGUUGCUGUUUGUUUGCGAGACAUUACUGCCUGAUAUGAUUGUUUCUAUUAUAAAACAUUGAUUGAGUUGAGUGGUUUUGUAGAAUGUUAUUGAUAUCCUAAAAAGUAGGAGCAAUUUUUAAAAAGAAAAAAAAAAGUGCCAUCAACAGAAA